GACAGAAAGAGGGUGUGCUUGUGACAGAGAGAAAAGUAGAGUCUUUCAGCAGAGCUCAGUGAGAUACAGCCUCUAACAGCAGUCUCUUGCUCCCUCUCUCUCUCUCUCCCCUUCUCUCUCUCUCUGUUCUCUCCCCUCCUCUUGCUGCUCUUUCACAUCUUCCCGGCUUCACAGGAAGGUAUUGCUGUUGUCUUACGAUGACUGCUGUGGCUGUAGACUCCUUGCAGUAAGCACUCAAAGGUUAUGGUGCCCAGACGCUCCGCGCUGAGUCCCAGAGAAAAAGAGAAGGGCUAAAGUCUGCUCUCCACUCCACACAAACCCCGCAUCUGCACGCAGAGAGCAUUGCCCAGGAUGACUGACCCGCAAGAUGGCAACGAUACCAAGGCAGCCAUGGGCUCCGCCGGACACCUGCCGGCUCCAGUUCCCCCUCCCUCGCGGCGCAGGGAUGAUGAGGACGAACGGGACCUGAAUAAGACGCUGGGGGUCGAGCGCUUCCAGCAAAUUCUCAAGCCCCCGCCACGACUCCCAUCGGAGCAGCACCGCAACUUCAACGAGGAGGACUUUGAAUAUCACCGGCACUCGUCCAUGCACACCCACCACCCGCUGUCCAAGCACCUGCCCUCCGAGGGCCGCAGGAAGAAAGGCAACAAGAGGAGGAAGGGCCGACGCAGUGGCUCAACUGGCAGUGCCAGCACUGGCACGGCCGGCGCGCCCACCAUAGAGGAGGACGACGAGGACGACGAGGGCGUAGAGGAUGGCUUCAGCGGGCUGGACAACGAGGCCAACACCAACACCGCCACCUCACCUACCACAGAGACGGACACAGACACACGCACAGAGGAGGUGCAGUUCUUUGUGUCUGAUGAGGACCCAACUAGCACUUCCACCCAAAGCAAGUCAGAGGGCAGUGCCUCCCCACGUCAGCUCACCAUUGUACCAGAGUCGGCUCUGGGCUCCAGGACCAGCGAUGUGCCAGAGGAUGCCACCACUACUGAUGUUGGGGCGCCCACCUCAGGCAAACCCAAGGGCCAGAACGGGGGGCCUCACCCCUGCGUGUUCCCCCUGAGCUCCCCGGAGUCCCCGGACAGCCCCCCGGCCCUGGCACCCCCUCCCCAGCAGCAGCGGCGCGGGUCCAGGCAGGGCUCUCUGGCAGGUCAGGGAACCAGCGGCGGCCGCAGCUAUGACCUGCAGGAGCGACGCCGCACCGGGAGCCAGACGGCCCAAGAAAGCACCCUGUACCAGCGCAUGCCCACGGACGAGAGCGAGGCCCAGAUGCUGGCCACCGUCGACCUGGACGGCAUCAAGAGCCAUCGCUUUGAGGAUGUGCCCGGUGUGCGGCGUCAUCUGGUCAGGAAGAGCACCAAAGGUCAGGUGGUUCACAUCAGCAAAGACCACAAGGAGCCUAGUGGCCGCAGCCGUAAACUGGACCGCACCCCACACGAGUGGAGAGGUCGAUUUAGCAGAAGAAGCCUAUUGGAUUCAAAAGUUCUCUGGGUGUUUGUGGAGCUGAAUGAACUGGUAAUGGACAAGAACCAGGAGCUACAGUGGAGAGAGACGGCUCGCUGGAUCAAGUUUGAGGAGGAUGUGGAGGAAGAGACUGACCGCUGGGGCAAGCCACAUGUGGCCUCCCUCUCCUUCCGCAGUUUACUGGAACUACGCAAGACCAUCUCACACGGUGCUGUGCUGCUUGACCUGGACCAGAAAACACUGCCAGGCAUCGCUCACCAGGUGGUGGAGCAGAUGAUCAUCUCUGACCAGAUCAGGGUCGAGGACCGCUCCAACGUCCUUCGCGCGCUUCUGCUCAAACACAGUCACCCGAGUGAUGAGAAGGAGCACAGCUCCUUCACCAGAAACUUCUCAACAGCCUCUCUUGGCUCCCUCAUGGUCCACCACCACAGCAAUAACCACAUCGCCCCUCCCGAGCCCAGCGCCACUGACCCACUCAUGGGCGGGGGCAUGACCACCUUUGACAUCGACACCCGCAUCGACAUGGAGAAGAACGAGAAAGAAAACCCUCCAUUGCUGGGGAUGCACAGGUCAAAGUCCAAACACGAACUCAAACUCCUGGAGAAGAUUCCAGAAAAUGCGGAGGCCACUGUUGUCCUUGUGGGCAGCGUGGAUUUCCUGGGCCAGCCCUCCAUGGCCUUUGUGAGGCUGCAGGAGGCCGUGCUGCUGGAGUCUGUGCUGGAGGUCCCCAUACCCGUCCGCUUCCUGUUUGUGCUGCUGGGGCCACCCAGUGACAACAUGGACUACCACCAGAUUGGACGCUCCAUCUCCACGCUCAUGUCAGACAAGCACUUCCAUGAGGCGGCCUACUUGGCAGACGAGCGACAGGACCUGCUGACGGCCAUCAACAGCUUCCUGGACUGCAGCAUUGUGCUGCCGCCCUCAGAGGUGGGCGGCGAGGAGCUGCUGCGAUCGGUGGCGCGCUUCCAGAGGGAGAUGCUCCGCAAGCGGCAGGAACAGGAGGGCAAACUGCUUGCCAAAGAGCUCAAGAGUCCAAUUGAUAAGGCUCUGCUUCCACCUUUUAAACCGGGGGAUGACCCUUUGCAGCGGACAGGCCUUCUGUUUGGGGGAGUGGUCCGUGAUGUGCAACGCCGCUACCCGAAGUACAUCAGCGACUUCAAAGACGCCCUCAAUCCCCAGUGUAUGGCUGCAGUCAUCUUCAUCUACUUUGCUGCGCUGUCUCCCGCCAUUACUUUUGGAGGCCUUCUAGGUGAGAAGACAGAAGGUCUGAUCGGUGUUUCCGAGCUCAUCAUUGCCACAGCAGUGCAUGGGGUGCUAUUCUCUCUGCUGGGCGCCCAGCCCCUCCUGGUGGUCGGGUUCUCUGGCCCUUUGCUGGUCUUUGAGGAGGCCUUCUGCUCUUUCUGUAAGGCAAAUGACAUGGAGUACCUCACAGGGAGAGUUUGGAUUGGGUUCUGGCUCAUAAUCAUCGUGGUUCUAAUGGUGGCCUUCGAGGGCAGUUUCCUGGUGCGCUUUGUGUCCCGCUUCACCCAGGAGAUAUUCGCCUUCCUCAUCUCCCUCAUCUUCAUCUACGAGACCUUCUCAAAGCUAAUCAAGAUUUUCCAAGAUCACCCCCUAAAACGCUGUUACACUGACAACAGCACAGUGGAGAAUACAAAUGCAACAUCCCUCAACAGUAGCAUCAGCAGCCUUAUAUCCAGCCCAGGGAAGACACCGGGGGAGCCGAACACAGCACUUCUGUCUCUGGUCCUCAUGUCAGGCACUUUCUUCAUCGCCUUCUACUUGCGCAAGUUUAAGAACAGUGCCUUCUUUCCUGGGAGCCUCCGCAGAAUCAUCGGAGAUUUUGGAGUUCCCAUAUCCAUCCUCAUCAUGGUCCUUGUAGACAACAGCAUAGAUGAUGCCCACACACAGAAGCUGAGCGUGCCCAGUGGGUUCUCUGUGACGAGCCCAGAGAAGCGUGGCUGGGUGAUCCACCCCCUUGGUUCCGAUGGCCAGUUCCCCAUCUGGAUGAUGGCAGCCAGCCUUCUACCUGCUGUGCUCGUCUUCAUCCUCAUCUUCAUGGAGACGCAAAUUACCACUUUGAUAGUCUGUAAAAAGGAGCGGAUGUUGGUAAAGGGCUCUGGAUUUCACCUGGAUCUGCUGAUCAUCGUGGCUCUGGGUGGAGUGCUGUCGCUGUUUGGGCUGCCGUGGUUGGCUGCAGCCACUGUGCGCUCUGUCACCCAUGCCAACGCUCUCACAGUCAUGAGCAAGGCCGUUGCCCCCGGCGACAAGCCACGCAUACAGGAAGUGAAGGAACAGCGAGUGACAGGAUUCCUGGUGGCUGUUUUUGUAGGUCUUUCCAUCGUCAUUGGAGAAGUCUUGCGCCAGAUCCCCAUAGCUGUGCUGUUUGGGAUCUUCCUGUACAUGGGUGUGAUGUCACUCAAUGGCAUCCAGCUGACAGAACGGAUGCUUCUGCUGUUGAUGCCCCCAAAGUACCACCCCGACCACACAUACGUACGCAAGGUGAGAACCCUGCGCAUGCAUCUGUUCACUGGGAUCCAGAUAGUGUGUCUAGCCUCCCUGUGGGCGGUCAUGUCGACUUCCGCCUCCCUCGCCUUCCCCUUUGUCCUGAUCCUCACUGUGCCAGUGAAGAUGUUCCUCUUACCAUGGAUCUUUACCUCGCGGGAGAUGCAGUGUCUGGAUGCAGAGGAGGCUGAGCCCACAUUUGAUGAGAAGGAGGGGCAGGACGAGUAUACGGAGAUGCACAUGCCUGUGUGAUGGAUCUCACACUCCUCUGGUCUCACAAAGCUACCACACACCAAUUCACUGAUGCCAAACCCACUGGAAGGGUCCAUCAUUACAAUGGAGCAAGUAAACCCACUUCACAUGCAGACAUUUUCACUGUGUUAUUGGAACACUUGAAGUCUUUUGAUUUGCUUUAGAGAAAUCAGUCAAAAGCCUAGAUGGAUAUUUCUAACAUUGUGACUGGUGUACGUUGGUUGAUGUUCUUCUUUUCUUAUGGAGGGUUUAUGUGGAAUUGUUCAAGUCUGAAUUUAUAGGUAUUAAGACAAUGUACACUUUUUAGUGUUUAACACUGUAUGUCAGGACUGGAGUGAUAAGUACAAACAAAAUCACAAAGGGUCUGACCACAUUUCAAGGUCAUGACUUAAAAGGACGCACUUUAAACAUAGGGGUCAGUCACGCUUUACACUUUAUUCAAUAAUAUAAAUACCAUUGGAGAUAUGCAUCUCAACAUUUUGUAUAGUAGAGGAAGUUAACCAUAUCAUGGGAAAAGCUUACAACAUAACUUCCUUAAACAGUUAUUACACUAUAUUCUUGGAGUGAUUUUAUGUUCUUGUGUACAUUUAGAUGAACAAGUACCAAAGCAUCGUUCUGUGAUCCCAAGUUAACCUUCACAGUGCUUUCUAUCAAACAAGUUAAACACUGUGCAGACAUUUUGCUUUAAAUCGCCAGUCUACUAAGCCACUGACCUUUCAUAGAAACAACACAUCACACUGUAACCACCACAAUUACAAAUGAACAUGUGGUGUUUUAUCCCUAUAGUAAUUCUGUAAACUUGGAUACCAAAGACACCUUUUCACCUUGCCAAGUGCAAAAAUAAUCCCUUGUUCACACAGACACACCACACAAUUAUUGCUUACAGCACAGCUCUCUGUGCUUAUUUCAUACAUAUGAAAUGAAUAAAUAUGUAGCAAUGUAUAUUUUUAUCAUACAAUAGAAUGUAGAGACACUGCCUUUAGAUAUCAUUAAGUCGGUUACAAGUCAGGCCAAGUCUCCUACAGCUUACGCUCCAAUGAUGGAGGCAGUGCCACUGCAACAUGGGUCUGAAUGAGUGUUAACUUUACAAAUGAAUGAGAGGUGAGGGUGGGUAUGACUGGAUGAAGACUAGAAAGUGUCUCAAUGGUUAAGUGCAAAGUGCUUGUUUGUAAUUCACUAAAACAAUGAUGCAUUAUUCCCUGGUGUUUAGAACAUAGAUUUUAUUUUUUGUUGAAAUACAAAGUACAGUCAGUGAUGCAAUGGGCUACAGAGGAAAUAAAAUUAUAUUCAAGAGACGUGGGAACAGUGGGGAAAACAAGAAAUCAUGACCUAAAAAAUGUGUUGAACUUCAGAAUGUUGCCUAGUUCAUUAUUCACAUUCAUCAGUGACCAGCUGUCACACAGUUAUCAAGUAGUAACAGGAUUGUUUGUGUGUAUGUGUGUGUGCUACAGACCUUUUCCUUAACCUGUUUUUGACUGGCAUUCCAGAUGCCCAGUCCUUGAAAUUGAGAUGGUCUUCCCAUUGGAUUUGUUUAUUUGUCGUAGCUUGAUGAGAAUCUUCAGAAGGGAAUAUCUCUAUAAAGCUGCAAAGGCUGUCAAAUGGGCCGAGACUACAGCCUUUGGCGGUAUGUCUCUACAUCAAGAUAAUGUAGUUUAGCACAUUCCAGACAAACAAACAAAACAUUUAUUGUAGCUUUGACUAGUAUAGCAUAUGCUAUGUUAAGCAUUGGUAAAACAUUUUUACACACAUAAUAAAAUGUUGAGUAGCCAUUACAGGUGGAUAGCUGCUAAUCACCCUGUCCUAUGCAACAAGGACUGUGCACAUUUCUUGCUCUGUAUAGGACAAAACAUAGAAAUGACAACUAGUGCUCCAGGUAAGCCAGACCUGGUGUGCUGAAACUGUCAGUCAGACAAGGCUAAAUUAUACUCAACCUCUUAUUGUAACAGCCUAUGGGCACAACUCCUUAUCAAUGGAAACCUUGUUAGAAGGAAGGACAGCUCUACUUUGUCACUUACAGCAACCAUAAGAAAUUGCACUGUAAAAACUGACUUGCCUUAUUCAUUAUUCUGAUGAAAUUAGCUAGACACAUCACCUUUUAGUGUUGCUGAAACUUCAGGUUUCAGUUCAGAGAUGCAGGCACCCUGAAUUUGUCAAAAUAUAAUGUAAUAAAGCUGAAAUUUUACAAUGUACAAUGUGAGCUACACAUGUUUUUAUUCAUGCUAUGCAUUAAGUAAUGGUAAGAACUAAUGCAGGGAUGCGAAUGUGAGAGAGAACUAUUUUAGGAUGUCCAAAUGAGAACAUUUCUUUUAUUAGGUGUCAGUUUUGAAGUAAUGUUGAGUCAAAAACUAGACCUACAUUCCAGCUCUUUUAACAAGACAAUCAUUUACAAUUUCAUUAUGAGUUGUUCAAUGAUAUAAUUUUCUUUAUAUCAAGGCCUUAAGCUGAAAUAUUUUUGUAUGCAUCAAUACAUGUAUGAAACAAUAAAAAAAUCUGUCUCUUUUUCUGCUGCAAUGUGGGCUGAAACAUUUAUUAUGUGGAUUUAUUGUGAUGUAACUAGUGGUGUCAUGACACCGUAGUCUGCUUAUUUGUAUAUCAGUGCAGCACAUAGGUGACUAACACAUCUGAGCAUUGAACUGUCAUUGGUAUUAAAUAUGGGUACUAAUGAAUGUCUAUCAUGACCUUUUCAUUUAUAUUAAAAUGAAAUACAUACCACAUGG